GCCAAUCAGAGGGCAGCAUCAUCAGGCAGCACGACACUUUCUUCAACUGCAGCCGUGGACGUCUGAAGCUGCGAGACUUCAUGGACGGGUCGGGUCAGCUGAUCUUCUACCAACGUCCAGACACCGACGGACCAAAGCUGUCCCGGUACUCCAUCAGUCCAACCAGCGACCCUCUGGGCCUCCAGGCUGUUCUGUCAGACGCUCUCGGGGUCAAAGGGGAAGUUCGCAAGGAGCGGCGGCUGUUUCUGAUUGGUCAGACCAGAGUUCACCUGGACGCAGUGGAGGGACUGGGACACUACAUGGAGCUGGAGGUACACACACGUACACACACACACGCUGUUUGCUUUAUUUGAGUCAAGGGUUUUUGAUUAGAAGAAAGUGGAACUCUGAUCAGAAAAGUCUUAAUAUUUUCCCUCAAACGUUCUGACAAAUAUUUGAGGGACUUCCGUCUGGGGGAGUCAUCAUCUUCAUCGUUUCUCAACAACAACAGCAGACUCGGUUUUUAAACGUAAACACUUCCUGUGGGAACGCCACAGCUCCACGUCUCUCCACCGUAACCGUAGCCGCCAGAGCGCGAGUGCCGGUCUGUGAGCUCGGCGCCGCAGGUCAGACCGGCGUGGAUCCGGGGCGAGGAGGUGGACGCAGAGCUGACUCUGAUCUGUGUUCAGGUGGUGAUGAGACCCGAGCAGAGCGUGGAGGAAGGACAGCAGGUAGCUGAAGGUCUGAUGCAGCAGCUCGGCGUCCCUCAGGAGAGCCUGGUGACCGGAGCGUACGUGGACCUGAUUCUGGACGGACGCCAGCAGACGUAGAGCUUCAGCACGGCCGCCGGUUCCCUCCUCUUCCUUUGGGCUCCGUCAGUCAGAGCAGAGGCGCUUGUGCGUCUGUUGUGGUUUUACGUCACACUGACCCAGUGGUUUCCAUGAAAUGUGACAAAGCUUUUCUAAUAAAGUGACGGAACAGUUUGUUUCUGUGUUUGUUUCUACCAUCUCAGUGACGUUUGUUUCUACGGAGCCCGUGACACGACCGACACGGGUAAAGAAAAGCAUUCAUGCAUUCCUUCGAAAUAAUUCACGACAUGCAUCGUUCAUAAACACGGAUGGCUUCCUGCAUCCCUGUGUUAUAUCCUGAUAUUUGUUUCUGAAGAAAGAGGACAAAUAUCAGACAAAGCAAGGACCCCCGGCGUCCAGCAGGGGGGGCUGUCAACCAACAAAUCAGGUGGAGCUGAUUAGAAAUUCAAAUAUUCUAAAUGAAACAAGAAAUGAUCAUUUGAGUUUGAUAAAAAAAAUACUUGCUGUACAUGUAUUUACUUUUUUUUAAAUUUUCUUUAAGUUUUUCUUCACAUCUGAACAAUAGAUUUACUAUUUUCAAAUCUCCUGAGGUCACAUUCUUUGUUGACAUUUUUUCAUUGACGUUUUUAUUUUGGAAGGUUGGCCUCUUAAACACAGCUCUGAAAACACUUUAUUAUUGUUUUUUUUUGUAAAAUUAUAAACAAAUCUCUAUGUUUAACCCUUGUGCUAUCCUAGGCACUUUAACGUUGGGAGUUGGGUCAUCUAGACCCGCUAGACAGUGCUCUGAACCUUUUUUCUUCAAUGAUUUGUGAUCUUCACUGGUGUCCAUGGAUUACAUGAAAUCUUUCCACCUUUAUCCACCUUUGUCAUGGUAGGGAGAACACAUCCAUGUAAGGGGGGGUCAUCUAAGAUAGCACAAGGGUUAAUAAAGUUGUCUGAAGUAUUUUGUACAAAUCGUAUCCUGCACAAAACGUUUAUUUGUACUUUAAUGAUGGUAAUGUUUUCCCGCACACGGCCUUCUGAAGCUUGUUUUUCCUAAACUCACGUCUGUCUGUGCUUACAUUGACAAAACACAUGCAGGUAAUCAGCAGUGUGUGUGUGUGGGUGUGUGUUUGUGUGUGAAGCUGUAGUUUUCUUGUCUCACCAGAAAAGAUUCCUUCAAAAUAAAAUGUUCACAUCAAUUCAAAAUCGGUGACUUAAAUGUGUUUUUAUGAUCCCUAAAGUCAAUUCUGCUGUGAUGAAGCUUCUCCUCCACGUCUCUUUAAGGCCCCGCCUUCUGAAAGAAAUGCUGAGCUCUGAUUGGUCAGGAUCGAGCUGCUGGUUGUGUCAAGGAAGCCGCCAGGCUUUAUGGCACUGAGUGAUGCUGGAGCCGAACCUGGAUGGGAGUGAAGCCCACUUGUGCUGUUUGGUCCCUGAAGCUCCUGAUCUUCUGCCAGCUGGACUGUUGACCCCUGCUGGACCUCAUCCACGCCCUCAAAGGCAGCAAGCUGUGGUGGGACCAGCAUGUUUGGAGAAACCACAAAAGCACGAAGGCCUCUUAAGUGUCCUGAUCCAUCAUCCAGCAGAAAUAUGCUGCAACAUACGCUGGCGAGCCGCUCCAGAACCUCCUUAUGAGGCCGCAUGAGGAACGUUUCAGCUCCAUCUGCUGCUCUCACUGUUGUCCCCUUCAGGGGGGAGAAGCAGAUCUGGGCUUUGAUGACAGAUCUGUGGAGGUUUAUCUGCUCGUGAUCCUGCAGAGCGGUGUUUGAUCGGGUUUUGACCGUUCCUCUCUCAUGUCCUGAUGAACGUGUUGGUUUUGUCUGCUUAACCAGAAUCCUCUGCAGAAAGCGCCGACUUCCAGCAGCCUCCUCGUCCUGACGUCUGGUGCCACGCUCACACCGGAAGGCCACACGCGUUUGGUGUUCACACUGGACUGUAGCCACCCGUACUGGCGCAUGGCAGAGUCUUGGCGGGAAACGUGUUGGCGGGGUAAAUCUGGAUGGGCAGGGCAGCUUCCACCAUCUGAAACUCUGAGACCUCUCCAUCCCCUGCCGGAUCGCCACACAUCCACCUCCGUUUUCACUCUUCUCGCUUGAAGUCUACUGUUGCCGUUCCAAAAAGGAGAGCUACAGCGUCCCUCAAAAACCUUAUGGUCCAAAAGGGGGCACUCAUCCCACCCGUCGACUCGUCCCACGUUGGCGCUUUGACUUUGAUUCAAGCAGAAACCCGUUUGUUUACACGGGAGCAGAGACAAGCAGAGCCGGACAGCACUGGACUCAGAGGAACGCUCCACACACGGCCCAGAGGAGAACCAUCAGACCAGUAAAGGCCAGUGGAAAAGUUUGAUGGGACUGCUGACAAUAGCCACAUGCCUCUGAGUCCGGCCGCUGACACCAAACAUGAUCGCCCACGGCAACAGGCGGUUACUAACGGCAACCCGACAGGCUCUGCUGUCGCCAGGGACGACGACGGGGAUGACACGCCCCCUGGAAACAGCAUCGUGGUCCGCAUCGGCAUCCCAGACCUACAGCAGACGAAGUGUUUGCGGUUGGACCCAGAGUUACCAGUUUGGACCAGUAAGCAGAAGGUUCUGGUGACCUUGACUCAGUCUCUAUCGGAUGUUUUGAACUAUGGUCUCUUCCAGCCGGCGUUCAACGGCCGAGCCGGAAAGUUUCUGGAUGAGGAGCGCCUACUGAAGGAGUAUCCUCUCCCCCCCAUCACUCCCAUCCCUUACCUGGAGUUUCGCUAUAAAAGGAGGGUUUACACACAGACUUACGUGGACGAUAAACAGCUGGCGAAGCUGCACACCAAGGCCAACCUGAAGCGCUUCAUGGAACAUGUUCACCAGAAGAACGUGGAGAAGGUCUCCAAAUGGUUGGAAAAAGGUCUGGAUCCAAACUUCCACGACUCUGACAGCGGAGAGUGUCCCCUGACUCUGGCCGUGCAGCUGGAGGACAGCUGUGACCUGAUCAAGGUUCUCCGCAGUGGAGGGGCCCAUCUGGACUUCAGAACCAGAGACGGCAUCACGGCCCUGCACCGGGCCGUCCUCUGUAGGAACAGCACCGCCCUGAUGACUCUGCUGGACCUGGGAGCGUCGCCCGACUACAAGGACAGCAGGGGCCUCACUCCCCUCUACCACUCUGCCAUGGUGGGCGGCGCCCCCUACUGCUGCGAGCUGCUGCUGCAGGACCACGCCAGCAUCGGGAUCACCGACGAAAACGGGUGGCAGGAAAUCCACCAGGCCUGUCGCUACGGCAACGUGCAGCACCUGGAGCACCUUCUGUUCUACGGGGCCGACAUGAGCUCCCAGAAUGCCUCAGGAAACACGGCGCUGCACCUCUGUGCUCUGUACAACCAGGACGGCUGCGCCCGAGUUCUGCUGUUCAGAGGAGCCAACAAGGACAUCAAGAACUACAACAACCAGACCGCCUUUCAGGUGGCGAUCAUCGCCGGGAACUUUGAUCUGGCCGAGACCAUCAAGAUCCACAAAUCGUCUGACGUUGUAGUUCCCUUCAGAGAAACGCCAUCCUACACCAAGCGCCGCCGAGCUGGGGCUCCCAAGACGCCGGCGGGAAAUGGCCUGUCAUCUCCUCGCUCCCUGAUUCGCUCAGCUAGCGACAAUGCUCUGGAAAGCCCCGCCUCCUCACCUGGCCCCUCCCUACAGAGCCUGGAGACUCAUCAUGACACGCACACACACUCUCUGCGGCGCCACACACGCCGCCUCAGCCCGGGUGGGGCGGGGCAUGUGGAGAACAGCCCGCCCUCCUCGCCCCCCAUCACCCCCCAAAUGAGAAAGAGGAGGCUGUACAGUGCUGUGCCAGGGCGGACCUUCAUCGCCACGCGCUCCCACGUCCCCCAGGGCCCCGGAGAGAUCCAGCUGCACAGGGGGGAGCGGGUCAAAGUGCUGUCCAUCGGCGAGGGCGGGUUUUGGGAGGGGACCGUCAAAGGCAGAACCGGCUGGUUUCCUGCCGACUGCGUAGAAGAGGUCCAGAUGAGGCAGUUUGACCCCCGACUGGAGACGAGGGAGGACCGCACCAAGAGGCUGUUCAGACACUACACCGUGGGCUCCUACGACAACUACACCUCCUACAGCGACUAUGUGAUCGAGGAGAAGAUCGCCGUGCUGCAGAAGAGAGAGAGCGAAGGGUUCGGCUUCGUCCUCAGAGGAGCAAAAGCUGAGACGCCCAUCGAGGAGUUCGCCCCCACUCCAGCCUUUCCCGCCCUCCAGUACUUGGAGUCAGUUGAUCAAGGGGGUGUGGCUUGGAGGGCGGGGCUUAGGACAGGAGACUUUUUAAUAGAGGUGAACGGCACAGACGUGGUGAAGGUGGGCCACCGCCAGGUGGUCUCUCUGAUCCGACAAGGAGGAAGCCGCCUCCUGAUGAAGGUCGUUUCUGUUUCCAGAAAGUCUGAAUCCAACCUGAUCAGGAAGAAAGCCCCGCCCCCUCCAAAACGAGCCCCCAGCACCUCGCUGACGCUGCGGUCCAAAUCCAUGACGGCCGACCUGGAGGACAUAGCCAGGAGGAGGCGCUUCGAGAAACUGGACGAGAUGUUGGCUGGAGGUCAACAGGAAGUUGUCCUUAGAGGCCGCCCAACCGACGACUUCAGAGCAGCGACCGUCAAACAGCGACCGACCAGCCGGCGCAUCACGCAGGCCGAGAUUAACUCGCUGUUCGAGCGUCAGGGUCUGGUUCCGCCGUCAGCUCCGGAGAAGAGCACCAUGGCCUUACCCAGAGGCAUGUCCAGGACCAAGAGCUUUGGCACCCCGGAGGAUGACCGGAUCACCGCUCUGAUCAACGAGAGCCGGUUUCCACGGAGCUCCUCCCUGACGGACAGCUUCAUCCCCCCGCCUCCUCAGACAGCCCCGCCUCCGCCUCCCCCUGCCUCCUCCAUCUCCUCCCUUUACAUGUUCGACUCUGGCCCUCCCCCCUCCUUCCUCCCGCCUCCUCCGCCCGCCAGAGGGGAGGGACUGACCCGCUCCAGCUUCAAACCUGGAGCAGAACCGAGGCUCCAGGAGCUUUCCGACUUGCCGGCGAGGAGCCACGCCCACGCCGAGCGUCAACGAAAAGCGAGGUCAAUGAUCAUCCUACAGGACACGUCAGGGCCGCCACCAGCCCUUCAGCCUGAUGCGCACGUGGCCCCCGGCGCGCACGCACUGCACACCCCCACACACACGGCGACACACACACUCCGCACCGCCACACACACCUCCACGCUGUCUCUGCACAGCACCAGCCCCUCCCUUGGCCACACACCUCUGUCAAGGCGCAGAGGACGACCAAUAGAAAACCCCUACGCCAACGUCGGACAGCAAGCUCCGCCCACUAAACCCCAGAGGAGGAAGUCCCCGCUGCUGAAGCAACUUCCUGUGGAGGAACACGGUCUGGGAAUCAAAGACCACGAUCCUUCCAAGCUAGACGGAGGGGGACCCACCAGCCCCAGCAGGGCGGAGCUCUACCAGCAGCAGGUCCUUUCAGAGCGCGCUCGGGUUCAGGGCCGUCGCUCCUCUCUUUUCCUGUCGGUGGAGGGGGCGGGGUCAGAAAAUCAGGCGCCGCCUCUCCUGACUCAAAGCCAUUCCAUGGAUGACCUCGGAGAGCUACCCCCACCCGCCCCCGUCCUAUCGCCUUCACCGACGCCGCACACCUUCCUCCACCCGCUGACGGGGAAGCCUCUAGACCCCUCCUCGCCACUCGCCCUAGCGCUCGCUGCACGAGAACGAGCUCUGACCGCACGAACGCCCAGCCCCGAGCCUCGGACCAAGCACGCCUCCGCCUCCACCACCCCCAUCCCCACGCCGGCGGCCAGCCCCGAGGGCCGGCACAGGCGCACCCCGAUGACCACCCCCCAGAGCAGCCCGGAGCCGCGGUCCAAACGCAGCACGCCUCAGAUGAGCCCCGAACAACGUGCCAAGCGUACCACCCCUCAGACCAGCCCCGAGCUGAGGCACAAACGUAUGACCCCACCCCUGUUUCCUGAUGGACAAGUGGAGCGACCCGAGACAGAGGGAGGAGUCACCUCACCAGCUGCUCCCUCACCAGAGCGAUGGAGGCCCUGCCCUUUGCCAGCACUGGCCAAUGAGAGCCACUCUCCUCUGAUCGACAGGCGCAGAAGCCUUACGGUGGGCAGCUCAGAGGAAGAGGGCGGGGCUUACACAGUCACCCUCCCGCCUGCCUUGUUGUCGUCCAGUGAUGAGGAAACAAGGGAGGAGCUGCGCAGGAUUGGUCUGGUGACUCCUCCCCCUGCCUUUGCCAGCCCCCCUGCCCCUCCUCCCCCGUCAUCCCUCGCCCUGUUGCCUAGGCGAUCAGGAGAGGGGGGAGGAGAGAGCGGUCCUGAGUCCCUUGGUAAACGAGGUGAUGAGGAGGAGGCGGGUGACGAGCACUUCCACGAAGGCUCCACGUCCCCCAGCUCCCUCCCUCCCUCCAUCACCCUGGCCUCCCCCCCUGCUCAAACCUCCCCUUCCUCUCCACCUGCCACCCACCCAUCUCCCUCAUCUGCUGCCACCUCCCCGUCAGCUCUGAAACCCCGCCUCCGAUCCCCCAUCGGGCGGGGUCGCUCUGCUCUGCGGGACCCCCUGUUGAAGCAAUCGUCAGACAGUGAACUCCUCCCCUCUGUCGCCUCCUCCUCUUCCCCAUCCUCCCCCCUCUGCUCCUCCCCCACCAGCGGCAGCAGCCGCCAACCUCGCUACCUGUUUCAGAGGCGGUCUAAGCUGUGGGGGGGCGGGGACGACGAGCGACGAGGAUUCAGCCCAGAUGACGGGGGAGGCCGUCCGGCGGCGCUGGGGGGUCAGGCGUCCGGGUCCGCCGUGGACCUCACGAGCCGCUCAGCGUCGGCGCUGGAGCUGAGCGGCAGAGCCGGGUCUGGGCUGGACCUGGCCAACCGGCUGCAGCUGCUGAACAAAGACAGCCACUCCCUGGGGGAGGAGCCAAGCCCGCUGGACCCAGGCCGGCGGUCGCCCGUAGGAGGUGCCAGGUUGUUCUCCAGUCUGGGUGAACUUCACACCAUCUCCCAGCGAGGAUACGGCGCUAGUUACACCGUCCGACCUGGAAGUCGGUACCCAGUGACCCGCCGCAGUCCCUCCCCCUCCCCUUCUCCCUCUGACAGAUCGAUUGGGCUCGCCUCCUCCCCCGCCCCGGAGAGGCCCGAUCUGAGUUCGGGUCGAGGUCUGACCAUCCUGAAGUCGUCCAGCCUCAGCCUCCCUUCAGAACCGAAAGAGGUCCGCUUUGUGAUGCGAAGCGCCAGUGCACGAACCAGAUCCCGCUCUCCUUCUCCUUCACCCCACGCCUCCCCCUGCCCCUCCCCGGUCCUCAGCGGGCCCUUGUUGGCCCUGCGGCCCUGGAGGCAGCGGCCCCUCAGCCUUUGGAAUAAAUACGACGUGGGUGAUUGGUUGGAGAGCAUGGGCCUGGCCGAACACCGCCAGCGCUUCCAGGAGCACGAGAUCGAGGGCUCGCACCUCCCCGCCCUCACCAAGGAGGACUACAUAGAGCUGGGGGUCACCAGACUAGGGCACCGCAUCAACAUCGAGAGGGCCCUCCGACAGCUGCUGGAGGGCUCCACUUGACCCCCCACCCCUCAACACCCCCCCUUAGGUAUCUGCGACAGCGUCAGCUCUUUGAUCAACGCCAAACUCCAGGAAGCUCCGAGCUCCGUGUCCAGUCCGGCGCCCGCGGGGGUCGACCCCCAGAGUCCGGCUUCCGUUUAAUCAGCUCUAAAUUUGAUCCAAAUGAACAGAAUUCUGAUGCUCCAGUGUAACGUUAGCUGGAAGCAGAGCUCCGCCUCCACCUCGCCGCUGAUCAGAGAGCUGAUGCGCCCGCUCCUCUUCCUCCUCGGGCCGUUCUGCCUCCGCUGAGGACGAUGAAGUUGGUGUUAGCGUUUUUCCAAAUCUAACUAAUUUUGUGUUCAUUCGUUAGCGCGACCAUUUAGACUUUAUGAAUAACCAGUAAUAACAAUAGCCGCGUGUUGAUGAAGAUUUUGAGUUUUUAUGAUUUGACAAUGAGUUGAAUUUCCAGGCCGUGUCGGCCAUGUUUUGGAGUUCACGAUGAUUUGUCGAUGAGCGUGACGUGACGUGCCGUGUGCUUCAGGGAGGGCGCCGCCGAGCUCCGCCUCUCCGGCCUCUCGCCUGCUUUUCGAGGGCUUACUGUACAUGGUGCUACCUGUUUGAAGCCAUCUGUACAGACCACCUUCCUGCCCCGCCCUGCAUCUUCCUUAUCUGACCCCCCCCCCAAACACUCCAAAAAAGAUCCGUCUGUGACGACCGCAGGAAAACGCCAUAAACGGAGUUUCCUCCCUGCCAUAUAGGGGACGUUCUCCCCGCCAUAGGUGGAGUUUCCUCCAACCAGAGGGUGACACCAAGUCGCCGGUUACAUUACGCUUCAGAUUAUCUGUCACUCGCUAACAUGCCAGAUUAUAGAUGAUCAAAGGAACAAUCCAGAAGUGAAGAAACCAAAGUGUUUAACCCUUUAGCUCCAGUGUUGACCCUCUUUGAAUUUGCGUAACUCUUCAACCGUUGGACCAAGAGCCAACAGAUUCUGAAGGCCGAGAAAACCCGUUUGGUGCCGACAUGCAACACUUGACAGUAGUUAAGUGUUUACGAAACCAACGCAAAAUCGCCAUGGAGCUACGUUAAUGCGGUCAAAGAGUUACCUUCGUUUAAAGAACGUAUGUCAUGUUAGCUCUGAUGUUAAAGAGAUUAAACAAAAUAACCGUGACGACAGAUGAAAAAGUUGCUUUAUGAGCCAUAAAAUAUCAGAAAUAUUAACGUUAGAAGUGAACAGCAUUAAAAGUGUAUUUUCUAAAGAUGGUAAACAUUUUAAUAUUUUUCAGGCUGUAUAAAAGCUACACGAAUCCUCUUUGAUUCGUUGGUCCGUUUGACGUGAAAUGUUUUAAAGUCGACGCACUUUAUUAGUGAAAUGAACCUUCAGUUCUAAGGUUUGACUCCCGAAAGACGAUAAAACAAAAGUACGGAGCGGAGGGAAGGUCUGAGCAGCUGCUGAACGUUGAGGGAAAUAGCAGACCUUUGUCAGCAGGGGGCAGUAGAGAGAACCUGGAAGAAAUGCAAAGUUUCUAUGUGUUUGUGUGAGCUGGAAUGUGGAAGACGAUGACAUUCAUCUUCAUCUUUGACAUCAGUUAUUGUCUCACAAAUCAGGAGUUAUAAUUAAACCUUUUACUUUCUGUGAAAUGUUAAAGAGUAAAAAUUUAAGAUUUGGUAGAAGCUCAAACGAAUACACUGUGUUGUUUAGGGGCGGAGUCACCGACUGUAGCAUGAGCUGAACGACCAAACAGUUAGCCGUGUUGCAUUUUUGAAAAAGAUCAUUAGAUCAAGUAAGGGAUCCACAGUAAAAGCUGAGCGGAAAUGACGGGAGGUUCAGAAAGCCAGACUCUUUGCUAACAGCUCGAUGUUUGCAGCUAGCAUGCGUUCUUUUAUAAGAAAGAACGUGCACGUCUCCUCAGAUAACAUCAUCUAUGGACCUUUAAAAACAAACAUGCAUCAUCCAGUUAAACUUCACUUGUUCUGUUCCAAACGAAAUGUUUCUACAAACAGGAAGCGUCUUUGUCCAGAAUCCGUCACGACUACAUUCUGCCUUCGCCAUUUUGUAGAGCUGUCCAAAUCUACAACUCCACGAGCGAGGGCCCGAGAAAACUCCCAGAAGUCUCAGCGAAAAACCAGAGUUCCUGAAUGCUCACGAAAAUGACAAGAGACCGACGUCUACGAAAGUACUGAGCAUCGUGUCCGAUUCGCUCGAAGCAUUCAGAGCGUCCCAUAGUCCUGCUGGACAGUAUGAGUGAAGGAUCUACGUAACGACAAGGACUUAACGCUAAAACAUCCCACAACCAGCAUGAAGAGAAUUUAUCAUCCACCAUCCAACCAACUGUCUAUCCAUUCAUCCGUCCAUUCAUCAUCCAUCCAUCCAACUGUUCGUCCAUCCAUUCAUCGUCCAUCCAUCCAACUGUUCGUCCCAUAAAUCCUUUUUCGGGGUCGUAAAACUGCUGGAGGCUAAUUCUUCAUUCUUUUAAAAAAAAGUUGUGGUUUAAAAAAAAAAUCAAACUUCUUUAAGUAAAAUAUAUGAAGAGAAAUGUUCUAUAGAGUAGCUGAUGAUACCAAAGAGACUUGGUAUAUGAUAUCAUGAUAUAGAAGGUUUCUAAUGACCAAAAGCUGCUGCAUCCACUUAGAUCACAGGUUAGCAUCCACUGACACCUGGUGGCCACGUGAAGUACUGCAGCCACUCACAGAUCUUUUUAUUAAAUCAGGCAAAGCUGCAAAUAAAUUCCAUCUUUUUAUGUUUGUGUUGAAUUGGGCUAAUUCUGACAUCAUAGCAUUAAAAUAGGAUUUAGCUACCAAAAACUACUGAUAAGGACCCCCCUUAAACGGAUCCGAACAGCUCUUUGAGGUUCUGCUGCCCCCUGAUGGCCCAAUCCUGGUUCUGUUUACAGCUAUGAACCAAAACUGGAUUUGGACUUUGGUUCUCUGUGUAAGUGUCCGGAGAGAAGCACUGCGGUUGACCCUGCGGUUCUUGAUCGGGAUCCGGUAGAACCGGACGGUGGUAACAGAUUAGCGUCGCUGCUCGGACCUUCAGAGCCGUGAAGGCAAAACGCCUGCCGCUAAAGCGCAGUCCCUCCACCUGCCCGACCCCCAGUCAUUCAGCCGUUCCCCUCCGAAACACAAUCAACCUCUCAGUGCCUGUUUCCAUGACAACGGGUCUCUCAUCCGCUGCGGAUCCUGAACUCCCUCCGCGUGUUUUCCUGAAACCCGCCCGUGACACCAGAACCCCUGCUGGAGCAGUGGAACCAGCACCACCGUCUGACGCACACAGAACCCACAGAACCACAGCUAGAACCCUUCAUAAGGUGGAACUCACUCAGAACAGACGGAGAGCGCUGGAGAGCAGGCGGGUUCUGCUGAAGUCAGAACCCGCCUGCUCCCGAAUCGGGUUUAGGAAAACGUCGUGUCCUGAAAGGAAUGUGGUCCAGGUGGAGCGUUCUCUGACUUUUUCUAAACUUCUUCACCUGAAAGAAGAGAACCUUUGGACCGACACCAGGGGGCGCUGCUUCUUCCACCUGACGGGUUCCUCCUGAACCUGAGACGGAACGUCUCGGAGUCAGAUCAGAACCAGAACAGCAGAACCGGACCCCCGACGGCGUCACAAUCAAUCACGUGAAUGUGGGAUCCUCAGUCCGGGCGUCUGAACUGCGCGUGAACACUUCUUCCUCAUUAUGAUUGACAGCUACCUUCCUCCUCUUCCUCUUUAGCUUCCUCUUUUUACAGGAUGUUUGUAGUUUUCUGGAGUGAAUGUGUGUACUUGUAGUUUUUCUUUUCUAAAUCCUGGAGAGCACACGAUGACAACUGCUGAGCUCUGAUUGUAACCUUUCUAAUAAACACUCAUUUAUUACCCAG